GCUGCCACUGAUUAGAAGUUUACAUCUGUCAAAACACCGAAGUGCACAAAAUCAACCACAUCUUUGCUUUCUAAACUCCGGCCUAUCAGAAAUUGCUUACAUCGAGUCACGUGAAGGCAUCUAAAGCCUGAUAGGCAGGCGGCGAGAUGAGAGGGUAGCUUGUGGCACUUCACUGAAGGGGAAGCAAGCCGUGCGUAAAACCUGAAGUUUACCACGCAGCUGCGCAACAGUGGAGGAAUCUUAGCGAAAGUACUACUCUUCUGGUGAACACACGAAAGCGAUAAACAGUAGCGACGAAAGCAGCAGGAAUAUUGGUUGCAUGGCACCGCAGUCGUGCGUAAUGAAUCCUGCGCAGGGGUCACCGCCCUCGGCUGCUCUUGGGGAGACAUGUCCUGAGGAUGGAGAUGCUGGUCAGUUUGGAACUGAUGAGGCGGACCUGUCAUUUGUUAGAAAAAGUAAAACCAAAAGUUUAGAACUACCUUUCAGUGUGGAAUCCCUGAUAUCGGACAGGACCCCUCCUUGUACAAGCCUUCCCUCCCCCGAUCCUGGCUCCGGCUGUGGACGGACAGAGAAGGCUGAGUGUGCAUCACCGAGUGGAGUUUUUCGGUCCAAAACGGAGUCGAUGGACGUCAGCGACAAUGACACAAGAGACUGGUUUCAGGGUUCUUACGCAUCACCUACAAGACUUCCUAGCCCGACCACUUGCAAUCUACGGAAACACAAGAACAACAGGAAACCCAGAACUCCCUUUACAACCUCUCAGCUGCUUUCUCUGGAGAGGAAGUUCCGUCAGAAACAGUACCUUUCCAUCGCGGAGAGAGCGGAGUUUUCCAGCUCACUAAACCUCACAGAGACCCAGGUGAAGAUCUGGUUUCAGAACCGCCGGGCCAAAGCCAAGAGACUGCAAGAGUCCGAGCUGGAGAAGCUAAAGUUGGCCGCAAAGCCGCUGCUCCCGGCCUUCACCAUUCCCUUCCCCUUGACCGCACCUAUGGGCGCACCGGCCUUGUACGGAGCCCUGAACGGACCGCGGCCUGCCUUACCGGUACCUGGACUAUUCAGUGGACCUUAUGGGAUGUAUUACUUUUCUUAAUUUUGAUUGGUUAGAAGUACAGCCGUUACAAAUGCCUUGAUACAGCAAAUAACCAAUAUUGAAAAAAAGUCCAUCAUGUGAAUUGUUUUUAAAUUUAUUAUUAUAUAUCAUGACAGGUUUUUUUCUUAUAGUGGAAGAUCUAAAGGUGUUCCUUUUUUUACACAAACAUUUUCACAAAUCAGUGGCAUAUUAAUGUCAUUUAUUGAAGGAACAGAGGUAAGGCAAGCAUGUUAACACGACCGACAUGUUUAAAAUUUACAGGAAAUUUUUUAAUUAAACCAUAUUUUGUGAUAAUUAUUAACAUCCCGUAAACCUUCGUGGCAGAGCUCAUUUUCCAUUGAAAUUUUUAGACUUCUUAGCAGUUCUCAUAACGGAGGUUCUCUUAAAUGUUUUAGCCCAUUAAUUUCACAACAGAGGAUAUCAUGAUUAUUUAAAGGCCUCUAAUUUUGGACUGAGAGCAAUAACUCACUGCAAGCAUUAAAAUAUCCAUGUAAUUUCCCCCCUUUAAAAAGACAUUCUCAUUCCAGAUCCAUUACAAAACAUUUAAAUAACAUUUCAGAUAAUAGGACACAUUGAAGGAUAACGGUUUAUUUUCCAAAUUUUUCUUAAAAUUAAUAAAUAAUAUGAAAUUGACCUCACAAGUAAUGUCUCUGAAGCUUGACAGAGCGCCACAUUGGACACGCAAACAGGAUCUAGAAAUAGAUUAAUUGCAAGCUAAAAAUAGUCAGUCAAACAUUAAGUCUUUCAGUUCUGUAGACAUGUCAGAUGUAUUUAUAUUUUUUAAUGGAAGAAGUGGACUGUAAGAAAAAUCUAGAAAAUACAAAACUAAGUCUUCCUUCAAUCACUUAAGACCCUUACAGUCCAAAGUUAUGAACGAUUUGUAAAAAUCUGCUAUCCUUAAGCAUUUAAUUACAUACUAAUACAUAGUCAAUUUUUGUGCUAAAGGAGGAGAAUUAUCCCACAAGUCUUACUGACAAUGCUUGCAGCCUGUGGACAAGCAACAGAGAUAAACUUCAAGUACAGUAUAUGGAUUAUUUAAAAUAGCUCACAAGUGCACUUCUACAACUUCGUGGGACAGGCUAAUACAAGCUUACAGGUGCCUUUGCAGUUUUGAUGAGAACUGUGUGUGUUUCACAAGUUUUAUCCUCUAGAGUAUGUUUAUCUGCUUUGGCUCUUAAGUGCUGCACUGUGACUUAACUGAAAACCAUGUGAUCUUAAGAAGUCAAAUAACAAUAUGUAGGACCACUGUUUCCACCAUGAAUAUCUGCAUUUCAGCUAAACAGAUAUCUCUGCUUUGUUCUUUGCCCUAAAAAAUGUUUUUGCACAGAGUUCUCAAGAUCAUUUAGUUUUGGUACUAAAUGUAAAUAAAGCCUUGUCUAUUUUGUCCCCAUUCAUUUAAAGUGCUAAACAUGACUGACAGAGUCAUCAGUCAUUAAUGUACAGUGUAUUUUGUAUUUCAAGGGUGAAACAUGUUUUGUAAGACUAUUAAAAGUUUAUUAUGUAAA